AUGCCGUUAAACCGCGAACCACGAAGGAAAUUAUUUCCCGGGGCUUUAAUAAUGUUCUCGUGUAAAUAACAGUUUAUGUUUUGAUAAGGUGUAAAUCACACCUGGAUAAGUAGCGCACCUAUUUUAUUAAAAAAUUACAGUCGUUCUGUAUGGUUUAUGGUAAAAAAAAUAACGUCUAAUAUAGGAUCAAAAGCCUGGAAAAAGCCCCAAGAAGGCAAAGGCCAGCAGGAGAAUAAGAAAAAUGGCGACGAGAUCACCAAGACGUGCGCGUCAACCGCUAAGAGAAUAUCUAAUCGACACAGGUGACCUUCCGAACCAAUGGCGACCUAUAACUCCAACAGUUACACCUGAUGAGUCAAUUAUACGACAGAGAGGGAGAAAAUCAAAAUCAACCACAGCAACCAGGACAAGUCCAAGAAAAUCGCCUCGCAAAUCUGUAACCACAGAUUUAACACAAUUGGAUGAUUCAGUCAGUUCACCAGCUGUUGAAAAAGACACAGACACACCAGGAAGAACCAAUUCAGCACUUCGUGGAGUCCGGAAGAGGCUGGUUUUAUAUCAAGAAGAUACCUCAGAAGAUACAGAUUUUUUAAUAUCCUAUGGUUCACCAGCCAAGAAGAAAAAAGAUAUAAAGAAAAAUCAAGUUUGUGAGUUGACUGAUAAAUUAAAAGCUUUAAGUCAGCAACAAAUAAUUGAUGUUGUUCUGAAAAUAGUUGGAGGUGACAAUCAACUAAAACAAGAAGUGUUAAAUUCACUACCUAGACCUGAUGUUACACCACUUAUUAAAAAUCUAGAAUAUUUACAGAGAAAUAUUUAUAAAUCCUUACCUAACUCCAGAUUUGGUUCUGGGCGUGAUGCUUUUUGUUACAGAAGAGUAAAAACACAUGUCAUGAGCUUCAAGACGGCUUGUGUUGGACAAGGUAAACAACUAGCAGAGGCUAACUCAUGGAAUACAGCUCUAGAUUAUAUAGAGAAAGCCUGGGAAGAAGUUGGUAAUUUACCUGAUUGGGAUGAUGCUAGUCAUUGUAAAACUAAAGAUAGUUGCUAUCGUUCAUUAGCAGCAUUGACUAAACAAGCUAUAAAAGCCUGUUCUUUACAAAAGCAGGAAGUGGAAGAAUUUAAAGAAUGGUUGUUAGAAGUGAGUGUAGAAAGAGUUGAAAUGAAACCUUGUAUAGCAAUGGUGGAUAAGAAGAUAUCUAGCUUUAAAUAAACCUUAACCUUGUUAAAAGCAUACUCAAUAAUAUACAGUGGAAAUGUCAUUUUAAGUUAAAUGAAAUUUUUCAAAAAUUGAUUAUUAAUGUUCCAUUGUGUUGGGUCGAUAAAUUGUCUAAGUUUAGAGAAAGGGCUAUUUUUGAUAUCAAUGCUUGAAAUUGAUUUCAUCCAAAUAAUUUGUUGAAAUAUUACUAAUAAGUCUUACUGUCCCCUUUCACUUGAGACCUGCUGAGAAGAACAAUCUUCAUUUUUAGCCUGGUUCUCUUUGUCAGGUGUGGCUAUUAUUGAACUUGGUAUUUCAUGAAGAGUGGGCAGAAAAAUCACUGCCAUCCCAUUGCAAAAUAGUUUGUGCAAUUUAUACAUCAUUUUCCAUUAUGAGAUUAACCUGUAGGUGAUGAGUUGAUGAAUGUUUUAUAGAACUGUGUAUAUAAUAUUGAAAUAAAUGAGAUAACUUGUGGUACAUUUUAACCCUUCCUGAGCUAACCACUUCAUACCCAUAGAGGGCUAUGCAAAUAUUGAGUAAAAAUCAAGCUUUAGACCCUGUUGUGAAAAACCAUGCAUACCUUGAAUAUGAAUGCGACUACAACUGUAAAAUUGCAAAUGUAUAUCCAUUAUAUAUGACUUGGGAUUUUUGCAUAUGUUUAGUUUAGAUUUUAUGGUUACUAUGGUUACCAGUGUGUUUCAAAAUGGCUGCCAUAUUAUUGUCAUAAAUGAAAUAUUGGAUAUUUUCUUGUCAUUAAAAAAUUCAAGAUGGUCAGGAAUAAAGCUAUAUGGAUUAUUAACAUGAUAGAUAUCUCUUUUGUAAGAAUAGUAUAGGUUUUUGGGGAAAAGUCACUAAAUUGUGAUAAUAAUGUUUUUUUCUAAAAAUAAUAAAAUGUAAACGAGCAGUAUUGACAAUUUUGCGGUAGGCAACACACAUAUAAAAAUCAUCAUUAACAAGUUUUUAUUAACAAUAAAAUAAAAAUAAAUUAAAUAUUUGGAAAAUAACAAUAAUAUAUACCGAAAUAUUCACAUUAGGGUUGCCAUGGUAACCAAUUUGACCAUAUCGUAUACGUCUAUAUUGGUAGCGAUCUACGUGCGCGACUGUAUAAAAGCAGACGAAUAAUUUCUUCCGGAGAAGUCUCCCUUUUUUGUGUCUUUACUUUGUGACAAACAUCUGAAUUUUCAUCACAAGAAGAAUCCCCACUAAUAGUAUAGUCACUACCCGAAUCCAAUAUAGGCGUGACGUCAUCGACAUCGGGACUCACGGCUAAAUUCAGUCGCAGUCUUUUUGUUGUGAAGGACGCCAUUCCUCGGCUGUUCUGACUAUUGAUGGCUGUUCCGUCAAUAGAGGAAACCCCCUCGUAAUAAAAACUUGUAAUAAAAACUCGUGUUAUACACCAUCUAAGGUUAAAACCAUGCUUUUACAGGGGAGUAAACCAAGUUAAAUAAACUUCCCGACUAUCGUCGGGUGCCGCUCUGACAGACUAUAAAAUUAUCCCGACGAUUGUCGGGAUUAGCUCAGGAAGGGUUAAAGAUAUAGUUUAAAGGGACAUUAACACUCUUGCUGGCUUGACAGCUCCAGAAAUAAAAAAAAUAGCCUUAUUCUAAGUACUAGAUGUGUUAGUGUCUUACCUGUUGUGUAAAUUAUCCAUUAAAUCCUAUUUUACUUGUCCAGAGGGUUCGAAAAUAUUUUUAAAUCCAAGUCACAUUUGAAAAGCUUUACAUCAGGCUUUUCAAAUCAUUUAGUUGAAUUUUUCCAAUUUUUUUAAAUUAGGUGUGUUAAGAUGAAAUUUGUAUCAUCAAUUAAUUAGAAUAUUGUAAAAUAGUGCAAUUUGUUGACCGAAAAAGAUUGGGACAUAUUAUUCAGUUACAACAAGAGUGGUAUUGAGCCUUUAAUAUAAAUUCUAUUUUGAAAUUGCAUUUGUAACCUUCAUAUAGGUAAAUGGAAUAAUUUUGACAAGAUUCUAGUAAUCUAAGCAUUGUUGAAGAAGAAUUUUGGGUUACAGCCUUAAACAAUGUUACAUGAUUAUGAGCAAGACCUUUUGCAGCAUACUGUUUGUAAGGUUUUCAUCUUCAGGUUUAUAGUGCAAAUUGAACUGUAGUGCUAUAAUGAAUUCAGUUUAUAAUGGUAACAAUUGAAAUGUUUAUAUUAGAAUCAAAUUAAAUGUGAAUAAACUGAUUGAAGACAAA